UCAUUCGAAUUUUGGAAAUUUUGUCACUUGUGUAAUUUACAAAAAAGACUUUCUAUCUUACUGUAUUUACUAGCUUUCGUGAAUUAACUGAUAUAUUUCAACAAAUUAGUGUAAUAAGAUAAGUGCAUAAAGUAUUUAAAAUGCCGAGAACAAAGCGACCAGCUCGCGCACAAGAGAAAACUGGAGUUAAAGACGAUGAGUUGAAGAAACUUGACAAAAUCGUGGCUGAACAGAAAGCGAAUAUAGACUCGCGGGUGCACAUGGAGUGCAGAAAUGUGGACCUCGCAUUCAAAAUGCUGCUUGGAACCAUUAGCAACACUGUUUUGAACAAAACCAUUGGACAGCUAAAAAAUGAACUUCACUUGAAAGAAGUUGGCAACAGCACCAGAAAAACUAGAAACUCGAGCAGAGCAACCUCCCACGAUGAUGGCUACCUCACCGAGACCUCGCAGGGCUCCGCCGAGCGCGGCAAGAAGAUGGGGCUUCCAACAACCAACCGCGCCUCCCGGUCCCGCUCCGCCGACGCGACCGCGCGCAAGAUGGCGGCGCCGCGCACCGAGGCUAAGCCCAGACGACGAUCGCGGUCCGUGCUGUACAAGACCCCCGCCUACAACAAGACAGCCACCAAACACUACCCCGACAUCACUCCCAAGGUGGCCCCACAGACGCCGCUGACGCUGCUGCGGCACGCGCGGCAGGGCGAGAUGCUGGUCUCCAUGUCCGGGUCGCCCGUCAUGCCCUCUGUCGGGGCCAUAGCGACGGACAGCAAGGCGCACUGCAACUUCAUGCUGAAAGACGGCACCAUGCUGUCCCUGCAGCCCAACCGGCUGCGUCAGUCGCAGGCCUUCAUCCCGUUCUCCCUGAUGGACGCCAACGUGCUGAACCAGCUGAAAACCCUUCAGGACAACCUCGCCAAGGUCGUCAAGAUGGGAGAAAACGUCGUCCACACCUGACCACACACA